UCAGUUCUAAUUAUUUAUCCUGCAACCCUUCUUAAUGGUAAGACUCAAGCCGUCGCCGCCGCCGCCGCCUUCCCUCUUAGAAGAAGACAGGUCUGCAGAUGCCGGAGAAGACAUAGCGACCGUCGGUGUAGACAGAGCCGCUGUCAGAGAAGAAAGAUCGACGGAGAUCCGCCGGAAUAGACAAAUCGACGGAGAUUCGUCGGAGAAGAAGACAGAUCGUGAUGGGAAAGAUGUACAAGAAUAGGAAACAAGCUGGUGGGCAUGGACCUCCAAGAGAAAAUACUGAUACGCAAGAACAUAAAAUGGACUUAAGGAAGAUUAUGAAAGAUGUUGAAAAUUUUAGCUACUCACAUAUGACAUGGAAAGAACGCAAAAAGAUUGAAAAUAGGAAUGUUGUUUCUCUUGGAGGGAAGCCCCCUAAGAAUCAGAGAUUACCUUUAAGUGUGGCACGACCAAUGAUGAAGAAACAACAGGAGAGGGAGCAGAAAAUGCUCCAAGAGCGUUUGAUUCUUGGACAUUUUGGGGGAAAGCUUGGUGGUAGCAGUAAAAGAUCAGCUGGGAAGCACAAGCUAGAGAACAGGGGCCUGAAGUCAAGUGAAGGUCAUUUUAGAAAUGGCAUACUCAAUGUGAAGCAUUUGUUAAAUUCAGCACCAUCAAGAGAUCAUGAAAGUGGAACCAGAAUGUCCAAUACAAGGAAAGGGAAUGGUGGUAAGAAGAAACAUGGUAAAAAGGGUGCCGGUAAGAAGCACCGUUGAGCACAUCCUUGUGAAUGAAAUGUUUCAGGAAGAACAUUGAGGAGUCAUUUUUUAAUAUGUAUGACCUUUAUAAAUCUAUUAUGACCCUUAGCCUUUGACAGAGUAAAAUGAAAUAGAAUAGAAAUAGACAAUCAUGUCAUGUGUACUACGAAAUAUUGAUAAUUAUACAUCUGAACAAGAUAUUGUGUCUUGUUUUGGAUUUUUGUGCUUGUUAAACCUUGACGGUGUAAAGUGGAAUUGCAUAUAUAUUUCUGUCCCAUUUGGAA